GCGAAAACCACGGGACCAGACGAGAGUAGACAAACGAGAGAGGUGCGCGUGCCGUACGUGCUAGUUUCCUUUGGGCCAGUUCAAGUGGUCAGUUAACGGCAUCAGAAACUCAGUUUGGCUAACCUGACCAGAGAUAUGUCUGAUAGAGGUAAUAGAGGGUAUAUUGAGGAUAUUUUUAACCGACGAGGCAAAAAAGUUGGCGAACUAUGGGAAAGGCAUGGAGAAACCACUGCUGUGUGUACAGACUUCAGCGGUAGCGAGCUCUCCUCGUGCGACGAGUGGGAUAGUCUAUCGGAGUCGGAGGACUCGGACUGUUGUGCGGACUCGGACGACUGGAGCGAAGACGGUACAAGUUGCACCAAGUGCACGUGUUGGUAUCAACACCAAGAUAAGUUAAAUGCAGCAAAGAUGAGGAGGCAAGAAAAGGAAGAUGACGAGAAGAAGAAAAUGAAGACGGAAGUGAAGGAAGAACAGGAGGUGAAGAUGGAAGAGGAGGAGGUGAAGAUUAAAAAGGAAGAGGAAGAAGACGGUGUGAAGAAGGAGGUGGAAGAGAAGAGCCUAAAGAAAGAGGAGGGGGAAGAGCAUGAGGUGACGAGGGAGGAUGAGGAGGAGCAAAAGAUUAAGGAGGAGAAGAUCGAUAAGGAAGUGGGGGAAGAAGACAAGGUGAAGAGGGAAGAGGAAGAACAUGUGAUGAAGAGAGAGGAAGAGGAGGAGAAAAAGAGGAAGAGGGGAGAGGAAGAAAGCGAGAUGAAGAGGAAGAAAAGUGUAAGAGGGAAGCGCGGGAAGAAGACAAGAUGAGUAAGAAGGCGAGCUGAACAGGGAGGAGGAGAGAUGAAGCGGGAAGAUUGGGGCCGUUUAGAAUUGAAGGUUACGGGGGUGGGGCAUAAGCAGCCACAGCACAGGAAAUGCUGAGGAGAUGAGCUGCCAUUCACCUGGCACUGGCUAGAGUCCAGUGUCCAGCCGUUGGCCACCAAAGUUGUUCAAGUGCCUUAUUUCUUGGGCCGCCAUACAUUAUUUGUGACUGAUCAAUGUUUAUACUUACCUUCCCAAAGUUUACUUUUAUAUAAUUAUUUACUAUUAGGACAUUUUUGUACAGUUUAUUACGAUUACCAUUGCUGCACUAUUAAGCACUUCUACUACCAUGUGCAGGAGUUUCUUUUGUCCUUGUUUGUCAGGACAUGUUUCUUCCCUAGAUUUUUCAAUUCAGUUGAUUCUAUGUGUAUGUGUGAGUUGCCUCAUACACGUGUUCCUAGUUGUUUGAAUAAAAGACUCAGAUGUCAAAAGUCA